AUGGGGUUAAAGAGUUCGGGAACUGAAAUUGUUAAGCAUGGGCUUUUUGGAGGGAUAGAAACUACAGAACAGCAUAAUCGUUAUUCUGUGCUCUUGAGUAGUCUUGAUCGGAAGCAUAGUUUUCAAAUUGAAGUAAUGGAUCAGAAGAAAAUUUGCGCUUUUAUUCCGAAGGCUAAGACAGGUCAGUGUAUUAAAAUUUUGAAGCGGGCUGGUAUAUUUUUGAGUGAUAUAUCGUCAAUGAGUAAAACAUGUUUGUAUGAAGAAAAUAAUAAUGAAAUACACAUGUUGUUAGGAGCGAAUAUAGCGGAUAAAUUAUACGCGAAUGGAAUCAGACAUUUUUCGAACGGUUUAGUUGCUGUUAAAACUAAGUUGGGAUGGACACUCAUGGGAAAAGACUCAAAUAAAGCUAACGUAGAUAAUUCACUGUUACUGUUAUCUCAUCAUGUUAAUGACGCUAAAAUAAAUGAUUUGUGGAAUUUAGAUUCUUUGGGAAUUCUUGAUCCAAGUGAGAAAAUAAAUAAAAAAGAAGCCCAAGAAUUGGCGUUAAAGCAUUUUAGAGGUACAAUAGGAAGGCAAGAGGAUGGGAGAUAUAUUGUUUCUUUACCGUGGAGGGCAAUCCAGAAAAGACUAAUUUAUCGCCACGCUCGUGUCGUUUUUGGCGUAAGUUGCAGCCCUUUUCUUCUGGCCGGUACACUUGCUUACCAUCUCGAUCAAGCCCCAGAUGAACUUAAAGAAACUGCGCAAAAACUUAGAGAUUCUCUUUAUGUGGAUAAUUGUGAGGCUAGCGUAGACAGCGUAGCAGAAUUAGAAAAUUUCCGUGAACAUUCUUGUAGGCUUUUAUCAUCCGCAAAAUUUGAUCUUAGAGGUUGGCAGAGUAAUGCAUUAAUUCCUGAAAUCGCUAACUUGGAAAAAAGUGAACCGGUGUCGGUUUUAGGACUUUUGUGGAACACCACUGAAGACACGCUGUCGUGCGAUGUCAGAAAAAUAACAAUAGAUGGACCAAUCACAAAAAGAACUAUUUUGUCCGUUACACAUCAAAUUUUCGAUCCGAUUGGUUUUACUUGCCCAAUAACUUUGAUACCCAAAAUAAUUUUACAAGAAUGUUGGAAAAUCAAAGCUUCGUGGGAUUCUCGGCUUCCCGAUGAAUUAGUGAAGCGUUUCGAAAAGUGGAAAAAUGAGAUUGCAAAAUUGUACAGUCUAAAAAUAUCCCGACGUUUAUCCAAAUUGCCAUUUACUCUUAAAGACAUAACUUUACACAUUUUUUGUGAUGCUUGCAAGACAUCUUAUGCUACGUGCAUAUAUUUUAGAGUGGAACAGGUUGGAUCCCCAGUAACUUGUCAUUUGAUUGCCGCUAGAGCUAGAGUUGCUCCUUUAAAAAAGAUUACGAUUCCUCGUCUUGAACUUUUAGCUUGUUCGAUUGGAGCUAGAUUAGCAAACACCAUCAUAUGCGACUUACGUCUCGAAGCCGUAAAAACUGUCUUUUGGUCAGAUUCUAUGAAUGUGCUAUUUUGGAUAAAAAAGGAAGGCCCGUGGGCAACAUUCGUAGAAAAUCGUGUUCAAGAAAUCAGAAGACUGACAAAAAUUGAACAGUGGAGAUUCGUACCAGGAGUAAUGAACGUAGCUGACAUUCCGUCCCGAGGAUGUACCUUAGGAAAGCUAUUGCGUACGGAAUGGCUGUGCGGACCGGACUGGUUGAAGAGAUCUGCCGAAUAUUGGCCGAAAGACGAAUUUCUGCCUGCCAUGGAAGUAGUGAACGCAGAAAAGAAGAAAGUUAUAAUCACAGCUACUAACUCCGAAGAUAAGGGAAAAUACUACUACAGAUAUUCUUCUUACGUUAAACUACUACGAAUCACCGCGUGGAUUUACAGAUUUGUAGAAAAUUGUAAAAAAUCCAAAAAAGAUAGACGAUUUGGUGUUCUUGACAGUAAAGAGCUUCAAAAGGCUGAACAAGUAAUUUUAAAGCAAAUUCAAUCAGAAGCUUUUGGAAGAAAUCCUGACGCAAGAUUAAGAUCGAUCAAUACAAUCGUAGGCGACGAUGCCUUGAUUCGAGUGAAAACGAAGAUAUUUUUUAGAGAUGAUGACAUGCAUUUUCGGCUUCCAGUUGUACUUCCCUCCGAACACCCGGUUGUCCUUAGUCUCAUUCGGUGGAAACAUAAAGAGUUAGGACAUUGUGGCGUACAACUGCUUAUGUCAGCGCUUCGAGAAAAGUACUGGAUUUUGAAAAGCCGGAAAACCAUUAAGAAGGCAAUCAAGUUCUGUACCGUGUGUCGAAGAUUCAACUCUAAACCGCCCGAAGUUCAGGAAAGUGUUUUACCGGAAAAUCGUGUAAAAGAUGCAUCAGUUUUCGAAAUUCUAGGAAUAGAUCUAGCAGGACCCUUGAUCCUCAAAGAUAACUCAAAAGUUUGGAUUUUGAUUUUCACCUGUGCUGUUUUUAGAGCUGUUCAUGUUGAGAUGUUGACUUCAGUGUCUACAGAUAACUUUCUUUUGGGGUUGAGGAGAUUCAUCGCGAGAAGAGGCAGACCGUCAAUUAUCUAUUCCGAUAACGGAAAGAACUUCGUUGGCGCAAAAAACCAAUUAAGCAAGAUUUAUUGGAAAAAGAUUCAAGAUGAAACUACUGCUUCUUCUAUUGCUUGGAUUUUUAUCCCCCCUUCUGCUCCCUGGUGGGGAGGAUUUUGGGAAAGGUUAGUAGGAGUUUUGAAGAGAAUUUUAAGAAAAGUUUUGGGUCAAACAUCGUUGGAUUAUGAAGAGAUGUUAACAGUCCUCUGCGACUGUGAGAGUAUCAUAAAUUCGCGACCGUUGACUUACGUUAGUGAUGACGUUCAAGAUCUUACCCCGAUUACACCUUCUAUGUUUUUGCAAGAGAUUAGAGAAAUCGGUGUUCCAGACUUAGAUGUGCUGGAUCAUCAGAAAUUAAUUAAACGUCACGCGUAUACACAGAAAAUACGAAAAGAUCUCCGUUCGAGAUUUCGAGUGGAAUAUCUCGGACAGUUGCGACAACCUGUGACUAAUAGAAAUAAUUCUCCAGUUCUAAAAGUUGGUGACUUAGUUAUCGUGUGGACAGAUAACUGUAAAAGAAUUGACUGGCCACUCGGAAGAGUUCUAGAAGUGUUCACAAGUAAGGAUGGAUGUGUGCGAGUUGCUAAAGUCAAGACAAAAACGGGUGUCUUCAUUCGUCCUGUUAAAAAGUUGUGUUCUCUGGAGUUGGGAGCGGUGUCAUCUUGUGAGCUUCAAAAGUUAAAACCCCCUCCUGUGACUGUUCUUGAGGAUUUGUGUUGCACCACCACCACCAGUUCAUCACCUAGCCUGACAGCAUUGAAGUUGAGUUCCGGAGUCCCGAGCGCUGAACUCAAGGUGGGGAGUGUGGAAAACGCCCAAGAACUGAACUGA